CCAUUAAACGGUUAUUGACAUUUCAAAGUUUCUUUAAAGGUACCAAAAUGUGGAGAUUUAGAAGGGCAGCAGGAAAAGGAGUCGUAAGCUGGAGAUCCUGUGUGGUGCAGAAAGAUGUGGCCUACAAACCUAACCCAAGUGUUACCUAUAACAUUGCCACUUUUAGUGAGGCGUGUGGUGUCAGAAAGGCAGUGCCCUCCUUACAUGCCAGCAGGUGCUUAAGUCCUUGUGGAGUGAGAUGGAGUGGACAGGUGAAGUUAACGCCUUCACUAAGCACUGGUUUCAAUCAGAGGCUAUUUUGUUCUGCUAUAACCAGUACAGAUCCCAUAGAGAUCCACAAACACAGAUUACUGCUGUGGUUCAGUCACCUGCCCCAAGAGGAGAAACAGUUUGGGGGUUACUUCUCCCCUGAGACCAUGCAUGUAGAGCCUCUCAUUUUGGAGAAGAAGCCAGAGGAAGGGAAGGGCCUCUCUAUCAACCCCUUUGUAAACAAGGCUUUAAUGAGCCAGUCUUUCACAAUGGAACAGCUCUUCAAUACAGGUACGGUAGACGGCCGGGGGCCCAACAUACUGCUCUACGGGGCCGUCGGCACCGGAAAAAGCACCGUCGUCCGUAAGCUGGUCUUGGACUGGUGCGCCGGCUCGGCUCUGUCCCAGUUCAAGCUGGUCAUACCCUUCUCCUGCGAAGAUCUGUCCUCGUUGUCCAAAUCCACGUCGCUCAGAGACCUCGUGAGCAGGAAGUACAUGCACCUUCGCAGGACGCCGUUUCUGAGCGGAGAGAGCAACCAGGCCCGGGAGGUGCUCUUCAUCUUUAACGGCAUGGAGAAAAUGAAGUUGGACUUUAGGAUCGGAUCCACCGAGCUGUGCAGCGAUCCUAACGAGGCUCUUCCGUCGGGAGCCGUGGUCGUUAACCUGCUGAGGAAAUAUCUCCUACCUGAGGCCAGCAUUUUGGUCACCACCAGACUAUCCGCUGUGGACCGCCUCCCCAAGAAGUACGUGAACCGCUACGCCCAGAUCUACGGCUUUAACGACCCCGAUCGUCAGCGUUCCUACUUCACGAGCAGACUGUUGCUGCAGAGCGGAGAGAAACCAGCAAGAGACGCCGAAUCUCUCGUCGAGACUCUGUACCUCAACCUGCAGCGCGAGAGCCAGUUAGCCGCCGCGUGCUUCCUCCCUUCCUACUGCUGGCUGACCUGCGCCACCGUUCACUUCCUGCACUUCACCGACGCCAAGACGCCCAUCCGCACUCUCACCGGCAUCUACACGAGCUUCCUGAGGCUGAACUUCGGAGGAGAGGUCCUGACCGUCGGGGAGGACGCGUCGUCCCAGGACGAUUCGCUCAUGCUAUACGUGGUGCGCACCGUCGGGAAGCUGGCGUACGACGGGAUCAAAAGCAAGCACACGUCUUUUUCCGAGAGCGACCUGGAACAGUGGGUGGGCGGAAAGACGAAGACCGACGAAGAGCUUCAGCAGCUGGCGGUGUUCCGUACGGACGUGCUGGACUUCUUCUUGGUGCCUUGCGUCGAACAUAGAAGAAAGAGCAGCGAGUCGGACGAGAAGCGGUACGUCUUCGCGGUCCCCGAGAUGCAGGAGUAUCUGGCGGCCCUUUACGUCGUACUUGGCGAAAACAAAACCGUGCUGGAAAAAAUGACAAAGGAGGUAUCGUCCGCCCUCGGACAAGCCGGCGAGGACAUUACCACCCUGAUGACUAUUCUGUCCAAAUUCAUUCCAUUACGAAUAUUUGCCGUUUUCAACUUGCUAAAACUGUUUCCCAAGUUCUUCGACCGCUUCACCAACCUCAGCAGGGGUCGCAUCGCGAACACCAUGGCCGCCGAGAUGUUUCGCUCUGAAGACAGCUUCAACGAAGACGUCCUAGAUCAGGUGGAGCAAAGCCUGCUGGGCGUCCAAGGCCCUCAGCCCGAGCAGAAAGACGAAACCAGAUCCUUCGAGCUCUACCCCAUCUUCAUGGGCGGACUCCUUCAUUACGGGAAUCGCAGGCUGCUGGUCCAGCUGGGCUGCGACAUCAAGAGCACCACGGUGGCUCAGAUCACCCGGACGCUGAAGAAGCAACUGAUCAAGGAGAGUCGUAAACACCAGCCCCCCGAGGAGCUGAUGGACCUGCUGGUCCUGCUGUACGAGUUCCAGAACCCGCGGCUCACGGCCGAGGUGCUGCAGUCCGUCAAGGUCAUCGAUUUGUCCAACGUACGCAUGACCCCGCUCAAGUGCUUCGUGCUCAGCUCGGUGCUGGACUGCUUACCCUCGAGCUUCCUGCUGGACGAGCUCAACCUGUCGUCCUGCCACGUCACACCCGAACUGCUGGACAUGCUCGGACCGGCCUUUCACAACACCCGAAGCAUCAAUUUGCAGUUUAACAGUUUGGAUCCUGACUCGUGCAUUUUGCUCCGAGAUCUGCUACUCGAACCCGACUGUACAAUUAAAUAUUUACAGUUGUGUAAUAACACCUUGUCGGACAGAGGAGCUAGCCAUCUACUGGACGCGCUGGCUGGUAACACGUCUUUACGGAAGCUGUCUCUGAUGCAUACUGGGAUUGGGGAUGCCGGUGCCAGUGAGUUAGCCACGAGGCUGGUCCAGCAUACUGCUUUACAAGAGUUGAAUGUGGCCUUCAACAAUAUUGGAGAUGCUGCAGCACUUAAACUGACUGACGCCUGCAGAGAGCACCCGACUAUUCACACAGUACACUUGUACCUGAACCAGCUGACCGACGCGGGAAAGCAGUCGCUGCAUGUCCGAGGCGUCCCUCGAGAGAAGGGUGGAAGACGGGUGAAGGUGUUGGCCUCCGUGACCGAAGGCUCGGACAUCUCGGAGGACUGGCACCCGAUCCUGAGCAUCAUAGGAAAGAACUCGGUAUCCUGGGAGAGGGAUCGGGUCAGGGAACAGCUGCUGGUCUUUCUGAAGGACCUGGAGUGGGGUCGCAAACAGCACGGGAACUUCUGGAAGAAGCUGCACUUCCGCAGAGUGGAGAGGGUGGUCAGGCAGACCCUGAGCAUGCUGGAACAAGGAAGCAGUGCUAAGUGAUGAGUGACCGCUUCGUUCUGCAUGGUUCAGGUGCCAAGUAGUAUACACUGAUCAGCCAUAACAUUAAAAUCAUCUCCUGGUUU